CCCUCCUCCCGGCCUGGAAACCUGUUCUGGAGGGAGUGACUCGAUCCAGGCGGCGUCCAAUUAUAUGGAAGCAGCACUUAUUCCACUUUAUUCCAUGCUACAGUUAAGUGGCUUGAAGCCUUCAGAGACGCACAUGCGUGUGGUAUAAAGCAGAGCAGCAGGCAAAGAGACGCUCCCCAUGUGACAUGUGCACGGAAAGCUGCAGACAAAGGUAGAAAUCCCCAUCACGCCGAGUGAUGCGGAGACAGAGGAUGCUCCAAAUCAAAUCCACGAGGAGCUCGUUUUUCCCCCCCUCUCGUCUGGAAAAUCCACGGCUCAACUUAAAUGAUUCAUGAGCGUGUGCUUCUGUUUUUUAAGAGAGUAAUAGUUUGAGCUGAAGACGCAAUCUACAGGAAGGGCCAGAUCUAGGACAGAAUCUGCUCAGCUUGACCAGGAGCUCAUCUGUGACCAGGAUCAACUGUUGCUCAGCCCGAUCCCGGAGUCUGCGCGCCUCUCAGCAUGGAUGUCUGACCGCCACCUGGUCCUAAUCGGGCCAGUUGACACGGAACAGAGGGUGAUUUAGCCUCCUGAUGCACCGGAUACAUCUUUAUCUGUCCUGAUGUGAUGCCACAUUGUUACACUGAGGGGAAUCAUAAUAUCCCACACCGCAGCCGGCUCUUUUUCCGCGCUUCUCCGUCUCCGUGUGACACAACAUAACCAGAUUCCCUCUGUCUACCCACUCCAGGAGCACUUUGGACACCCUAACCCUCAAAGAGGCGUAAAAUCGGACACGGCUCCGUGGUAAAGUGACCUUGUCAGGAUCAGCGGAGGGGAUCAUCAUGCUGAUGAUGAUGGAGACCAGCGGCAUGGACGCGCAUCAGGUUGAUAUCGAUUCGGACUUCGAGCCUCACGCUCGGUCACGGUCGUGCACCUGGCCGCUCCCGCCGUGUCCCGAGGGUUUCCCCGGGGCAGAGGAGGCGAGCCGCGGGGCUCUGGCUCUGGCGUCCGUCAAAGUGGAGCGCUACGACGUGCCGGCGUGCCGGGCCGAUAGGAAAGGCGGCGCGCCGGCGGAGAUCAAGCACCCGGCCGGUGCCCCGGCUCCGGUCGUGGCCGCUCCCGCCUGUAUGUCCGGAGCUGCCCUCGACGUGGCCGGCCAACUGCGCAAAGCCAAGUCGUCACGCAGGAACGCGUGGGGGAACCUGUCGUAUGCAGACCUCAUCACCCGUGCUAUCGAGAGUGCCCCGGAGAAGAGGCUCACCCUGUCCCAGAUCUAUGACUGGAUGGUUCGCUUUGUUCCUUAUUUUAAGGAUAAAGGCGACAGCAACAGCUCGGCUGGAUGGAAGAAUUCUAUCAGACACAACCUGUCAUUGCACAGUCGCUUCAUUCGAGUGCAAAAUGAAGGGACGGGAAAGAGUUCAUGGUGGAUGCUGAACCCGGAAGGGGGGAAGAUGGGUAAGGGACCCAGACGACGUGCAUCAUCUAUAGAGAACGGGACACGCUACUUGAAGGCUAAAGGUCGCAUGAGUCGAAAAAGAGCAGGAGCUGUAGGACUUGGAAGGGGUCAAGUUCAGGGAGCUGGUCCAACAUUGCAGACCUCCCCAGAGCAUGGCAGUCCAGCAGGGAAAGGAAGUGUCGGCAUCAGUGGUGAAGAGUAUGACACUUGGACGGACCUGCACUCACGCACUUCAUCCUCUGCUUCCACUCUUAGUGGCUGCCUCUCGCCAAUCCUUGCAGAAACAGAAGCUGAUGAACCUGAAGAGGGUGGACUGUCUUGUUCAGCUUCCCCUCGAAUAUACCCAAGUCCUACCAGCACCCGCUCACCAGCCUUGGGUACUGGGGGCCACUGCCCCAAUGUGGAAUUGCCUCAGUUGACUGACCUGACUGGAGCUAUUAGCCUAGAUGAUAGUGGUUACUCCCAGCAACAGCAAAUGAAAUGCAAUGGUUAUCCCUUUGUGCCUGGACCAAAACCAGAGGGAUCCUACUGUGGGCCAAUAUAUGGACAGUCUUCCAUAUGCAUGUUGCAACACCGCACUCCCAUGGAGACCAUUCAGGAGAACAAGCCAGUUAGCUUUCAGAACCCAAUGAGGGGUUAUUCGGAGAACAAAGCUCUGCAGAGUCUGCUUACAGGAGGUCCUUACUGCAACAAAGACAAUGUGCUGGGUCAGGGACGAGAAACACAUACACUGUUGACACAGGGGAAUGGUGUUCACAGCACACACAACCACAAUCAGAAUCCCAGCCACAAUCAAAACCAUAAUAACAGCCAAGAGCACAAUCCCAGUCUACAUAAUGGCCACGGCUCAGUCCAUGACCAGAAUACAGCCCACCAUCAAAACCACAAUCAGGGUCAUAAAAACCACACCAGCCUUGACUACAGCCACAGUCACAAGCCCCACACUGCCCACGACUAUGGUCAGAAUCACGAGCAUGGUCACAGAAGCAAAGUAAAUUCCAGCCAUGAUCACAACCCUCACUCUGGUCAAAGUCACCUGCAAAACCAGACACCCCAAAAUCCCCAUAACCCUAUGCAUAGUGGAUCUCACCAUCAGGCUCUGUCUCCUCGUGUGAGCACUGACAUCCUUCAGCCCUACAGUCUCAAGAACUCUAGCCACUAUGGGCAAGGCCCCCACCUCCCGACAUCUCCUUCUCUUCCCCCAAACCCUGCAGGUAUCAUGGAUGUUCCUCAGGACCCUUGUCUCCUUGCAUCUGCACCUCACCCCCGACACCAGUCCUAUCCCCGAAGUCACCAUGAGGCCAUGGCUGAAUCCUGGCAAGCCUAUUACCACAACAACCACAGUCAUCAAGCAGGGAAUGCUGGAUAUCAGGGACAACAGCACAGCUCACACAACAGAAUGGCUGCCCAAUUGGCAAUGGAGAAUGGCCCCAAUACUCUAGAUUGUGAUGUGGACCCAAUUCUGCUUAGUGAUUUUAUGGACACAGAUAAUGUUGACUUCAACUUUGAUGGCUCUCUUUCGCAAGGGGUGGGCCUGGGGAUGGGCAUGACUUUAGGGGCUUUUCCUUGUCCUCCACCAGCACAUAGCCACCAGGGCUGGGUGCCUGGGUGAACUCAAACCUGAGGGUUUGAAUAGACCACAAAUGUCACCCACCGGGCAGGGCUCUGGGUCAGCUGUACCCUUGUACUGAUUAGCUGUGAUUCUGUUUUUUUUUUAGGCAUAUUGUCAUUCUAUUUCCCGGGGACUCUCUGAACUUACACAGUAUACUUUUUCUCCCUCUUUCACUACGUUUAUGAAGCUUUCCUUGUUCAUGUUGUACUUGCCCCCAAUGAGCCCAGUGGUAAAAUCUGCCCCUCUCCCAUUUAUGCCCUUGAGUUCUAUUUUCUCUCUCCUUCUGAUCAUUCUGUUUGUCCUUGGCUCUCAAGCACUUUACAGCCAUCUUUUCAAACAGACACAUUAACUCAAAUACCAUAAAGUCAUGUUGUAUAUUCAUUUUUAAUGUAUGCAAUCCACUUAAACUGUUUUAUCCUCCCACAAAAAAUAUGUUUUUCCUGACAUAAGAACCUGAUCAAACAACAGCUACAUAGAUUUCCUUACCGAUUGGAAUGUAAAGGGCAGGGGUGGAGGGUUAGGGCUUUGAGGUUUAAGAAUAAGACUAAUAUAUUUUUUUAAAGACUAAGACAUUAGUGGGUGGGAGUGAAAAUAGAUGGAUUUGUCCUCUCCCUGGUGAACAGUAGUGGCUCAUACUCCACCCAGGAGUGAAGGACAGUCAUCCAUCAGACAACCAUCAGCAUCUUUCAAUUGAAAUGCAACGUCAUUUCUUUAAUCUCCAAAGCAAUGCCAAAUUGAUGCAUCAUGAUUGCUAAUGUAAUGUGCUCUUCUGUUUUUUCAACAUCCUCACAUCCCUCUUCAGCUCCGGACACAAGGGCUUGAUGUGUUUUGGUGAAAGUGAUGAUAAAAGUCACUUGACACUAAAUGGGGGGAGGAAUUGGAAUGGGGUAAUGUUAGAGGAGGUGGGGAGUGUAUGGAGAGGAGAUGAUAGGGGAAGAGAAAUGCAAAGAGAUUUAUGUAGCCUUCCCAUAAUGAAAUAAGAAACGAUCGGAGCUGGCUGUACAUCCUGAGGAGCUAUGUGAUUGGUCAAAGUCAGAUCUUCUCAGCUUGGCACCUUUACUGACUGACCCUAGAACAGCCUCGCAAGCAUGUCCAGCCAAGCCUGGAAGAUGGUGAAGCUGCUCGUUCUCAGAACCUUACAACCUUGUCUAAUUUAUCGACACCCGGAUUUAAGCCCAUUUUUAGUCCAGGGAAUUCCUUGCUGAUGAACAGCAUUUGCAGAUUACUAUUUUGUGCUAUCUCCUGUACCCAGGCUUCCUCCUAUCGCACUACCCCAUCCCGAGGUUACUCAGAGGGUAAGCAAGAGUAAUUAACCGCCAAACAAGAUGGAUGAUUUAUGCAAGUGCAUGUAUUCGCUCAUUGGUACAAAGUCAUAAUUCUUCCCCCUGCCUAGCAAAAGGAAGGUGAUUUUAAAGAAGUAGUGCCACACUGCAAGGUAAAGUGUCUGGAAAGUGGUGUGCUGACAGCGUCCUUCAAGUCUUUCAACCAUCUUCCUUACAGUCUUUCCCGCCCUAUCCUGGCAAAAGCUUUAUGUUGCUGUUGUCUUUUCCUGUGUUCGUUCUGUGAUUGUGCAGUUGUCUGUCUGAUGGCGUGGAUUGGAGCGUUCUUGUGCAUUUAAUUUACUUUGUUUGCAGUUUGAAAGAGGGCCAGUGGGAGCCUUUUGCUUCUGACCUUCUGAGGGCAGAGAGAAAAACACCAUGGGAGAGAGGAAAAGUACAUAGACAGAGAGACACAAAACAGGAGGGAAAGAGUGAACAGAUUAGACCGGAUCUGUUUGACUUUAAGAGGUUUUCUAGCUCGGCAGCUUUCUGUAAAAUUGGUUGUUUCAAUCAGGCCAAAUGUCAAGUGCUACUCAGCCAGCUCCAAUGAGCUUUGACCACUCAUUCACUUCUCCCUCCUGAUCAAGGACAAUGACCAGUAUUUCCAUACACUUUUCUUUACUUCUGCUUCUUUUUUUGUGUUAAAAUGGCCUAUUGUUGUACCCCUGCUGUAAUUUGUUCUCUGGCCUGUGUGCACUAGUGUGUCAAGUUUCUUGUGUGUGUGUGUGUGUGUGUGUGUGUGUGUGUGUGUGUGUGUGUGUGUGUGUGUGUGUGUCUGCGCGCACGUGUGUGUGUGUGUGUGUGUGUGUGUGUGUGUGUGUGUGUGUAGAAGUGAUGUACAAGAACUGAUUAAGGAAAAAUUGUUGAGAAGUUCACUGCCCUGGUAUUGACGAUGCUUGGCUGAGUGCAGCAUAUAUUAUAAAUACAGUUUAUAUUUAUUGGUUGAAGAGCUGGGUCUAAACAAGGCCCCUCCCUGCUUUGUCUUCUUGUUGACAAAAAUGCAUUUCAUCCUGUACAUAAUCUAUAUUUACAGAACUGUAUUCUAAUUUUUUUGUUUUGUUUUUUUGCAAUUCCAAUUUUUUUUUUCUAAAAUGGUGUAUCUGCUCAUCUGGUGACCGUCAAAUAAAACAAACAAAAAAAGAAAACAAAUUU